AUGCGACACGCUGUGGAGGAAAUGUUUCCUAACAACAUAAACUUAUUGGUGUCUGCCUGUUCAUAUCUAUCUAUCUAUCUAUCUAUCUAUCUAUCUAUCUAUCUAUCUAUCUAUCUAUCUAUGCUAGUCUGUUCAUAUCUAUCUCUCUAUGCCAUUUUUUCAAUAUCUAUCUAUCUAUGCCAGUUUUUUCAAUAUCUAUCUAUCUAUCUAUCUAUCUAUCUAUCUAUCUAUCUAAAUACCAAUUUUUUCAAUAUCUAUCUAUCUAUCUAUCUAUCUAUCUCAAUGCCAGUUUUUUCAAUAUCUAUCUAUCUAUCUAUCUAUCUAUCUAUCUAUGCUAGUCUGUUCAUAUCUAUCUCUCUAUGCCAUUUUUUCAAUAUCUAUCUAUGCCAUUUUUUUCAAUAUCUAUCUAUCUAUCUAUCUAUCUAUCUAUCUAUCUAUCUAUCUAUCUAUCUCAAUGUCAGUUUUUUCAAUAUCUAUCUAUCUAUCUAUCUAUCUAUCUAUCUAUCUAUCUAUGCUAGUCUGUUCAUAUCUAUCUCUCUAUGCCAUUUUUUCAAUAUUUAUCUAUCUAUGCCAGUUUUUUCAAUGCCAUGUCUUUUCAAUCUAUCUAUCUAUCUAUCUCAGAAUCAGAUCAAAAUCCGUGAAAAUUUUUCACACUUAUUCAUUAAUAAUUAG